GUAACUACUUAGUUCUUGCUCUUUCUUUACUUUUGUUUUGCAUUCAACAUGGCGUGUCGCGUACUGUUGCGGUCCCAUUUGGGACUCAAGUCUUUUGACCCUUUUAAACAAUCUCGACUCUUCCAUGUGUCUCCACUGGCAUAUGCUGCUCAUAAGGUUGCUAUGAGCAAAUUUGAUAAAGAUUCUCCAAUGCCAUAUGAAAAGCUUACCAAGAACCUUGAUGUUAUAAGAAAUAGAUUGAAAAAACCCCUGACGUUGGCAGAAAAAGUACUUUAUUCUCAUUUAGAUGAGCCAGCUAGCCAGGACAUUGAGAGGGGGAAAAGUUAUCUUCGUCUGCGACCUGACCGAGUUGCAAUGCAAGAUGCUACUGCCCAGAUGGCUAUGCUCCAGUUUAUUUCAAGUGGUCUCAAAAAGGUUGCUGUUCCAUCAACAAUACACUGUGAUCAUCUGAUUGAGGCUCAAGUUUCUGGUGACAAAGAUUUACAUCGUGCUAAAGACAUAAAUAAAGAAGUUUAUUCUUUUCUUGAAACUGCUGGGGCCAAGUAUGGUGUAGGAUUUUGGAAACCAGGAAGUGGAAUUAUCCAUCAAAUAGUACUUGAAAACUAUGCUUUUCCUGGUGUGUUAUUAAUUGGAACAGAUAGCCAUACUCCUAAUGGAGGUGGCUUAGGUGGCUUGUGCAUUGGUGUUGGCGGUGCUGAUGCUGUCGAUGUCAUGGCUAAUCUUCCAUGGGAGUUGAAGUGCCCAAAAGUAAUUGGUGUUAAACUUACUGGCCAACUAAGUGGAUGGACUUCUCCAAAAGAUGUUAUCUUGAAAGUUGCUGGUAUUUUGACUGUUAAAGGAGGAACUGGUGCAAUAGUGGAAUACUUUGGUCCUGGUGUAGAUUCAAUUUCUUGUACAGGAAUGGGAACAAUUUGUAACAUGGGAGCUGAAAUUGGUGCAACAACUUCAAUAUUUCCUUACAAUAAGAGGAUGAGAGAUUAUCUAAUAUCUACUCGCAGACAAGAUAUUGCCGAGCUAGCUGAUGGCCAUCAUGAUUUAUUAACUCCCGAUUCCGGUUGUGAAUAUGAUAAAAUUAUUGAAAUUAAUUUGAGUGAGCUGGAACCUCAUGUAAAUGGACCAUUUACUCCUGAUCUUGCACAUCCUAUUUCACAAUUGGGUAAACAUGCAAAAGAAAAUGGCUGGCCCCUAGAUGUGAAAGUAGGACUCAUAGGGAGCUGUACUAAUAGUAGUUAUGAGGAUAUGGCCCGAGCAGCAUCGUUAGCAAGGCAAGUCCUGGGCCAUGGAGUAAAAUCAAAAGCAAUAUUUACUGUCACUCCUGGUUCAGAACAAAUCAGAGCUACAAUUGAAAGAGAUGGCCAAGCCCAAACAUUAAGAGAAUUUGGUGGAGUUGUUCUUGCCAAUGCUUGUGGGCCUUGCAUCGGACAGUGGGAUAGGAAGGAUAUUAAAAAGGGAGAUAAAAACACGAUUGUUUCUUCAUAUAAUCGCAACUUUACCGGCAGAAAUGAUGCUAAUCCUGCUACUCAUGCUUUUGUGACUUCCCCUGAGUUAGUUGUUGCCUUAUCUAGUGCUGGAACAUUGGACUUUAAUCCUCUCACAGAUGAGCUUACUGGUUCCAAAGGUGAAAAAUUUAAGUUGAAAGAGCCAUAUGGGGAGGAACUGCCACCACGGGGAUUUGACCCUGGUCAAGACACUUACCAAGCUCCUCCAGCUGAUGGCUCUUCUGUUAAUGUUGUUGUGGACCCAAAUAGCCAGAGAUUGCAACUUCUAAAUCCAUUUGACAAAUGGGAUGGCAAGGAUUUAACUGAUAUGCAAGUUCUAAUCAAAAUAAAAGGCAAAUGCACAACUGAUCACAUUAGUGCUGCAGGACCAUGGCUGAAAUAUAGAGGGCAUUUAGAUAAUAUUUCAAAUAACAUGUUCAUUGGCGCAAUCAAUUCGGAAAAUGGUGAAGCUAAUAAAAUUAAAAAUCGCCUGACUGGUGAAUGGGGCACUGUACCAGAUACUGCCAGACAUUACAAG